AUGGGUAAGCAGAAUAUUCUAAUUACAAAGUUUUUGCCUCUUCUUUAAACCGGUCUCUACGUAUGAGCAUUGAUAUAUACGAAAAUAGAAUUCUGUUGAUUUAAUUAUUAGCCUUAACAGCAGUUUGCAUUUGACCAGUUACAUGCCUAACGGGCGAUUUAUGGGAGUCACGACUGUCCCACACGGGGGUCACGAAAUUCCUAACACAGUAAUUCUGGAGAAACUGGAAGGAGGAAGUAAUACUAAAUAUUUGCAAACUGCCGGGAGUACGUUAUUUACGCAGAUCUCGAUCAUGAAUUGUCAUCCCUUAAGUGACUUUAGUGAAUGUUAUUUGAAAGACUGAUUUGGCAGAAUUAUUUGGAAAAGGCUGGUUGUGCAGGUGCCCUUUUUUCCAAUACGGCAGACCAUACCUCGUUUAUAGUAAUAUGAAAAGGCUUAAUAUACUUCCGUGUAAAAAUGGCGUGAAUGGAACCGACAACACCCCGGUCACCUUAAUAUCAUUUGCUAUCUGACGUGAGCUUGUUGACGGAAACCAAAAAUAUGAGUCAAGAAACCAUAAAUCACGACUGAAUAACUCUGAAGUAUGUCUUUAUCUUGUGUCAGCUUAAGCAAAUAUAUGUCCCACGGAAAAAGGCAACCCAACAGAAUAAGGCAAAAAAGAAGCCCAAGUUGGGAGCGGAAGCACGCUGCACAAAAUCCCAACAAUGUAACUACUGGAAGCAUUAAUGAGAGGCUGCCAGAAGGACUGGGGAAAAUCUCUGUAGAGGAUAUGCACAAUAUGCGACUGAAGUCUGGCUGUGAUAUUUGUCUCCCAUAUUUGUCCCUCCCAUGAGACGCCGGCUGGCUAAUUCUCACUUGCCUACACUCAGCCCCUGCAGUCUACCCUAUUCACUGAUUUUGCUGAAUUCUGCAGUCUAUAUUCGACAUGGUGGACUUAGUCAAGCACGAGGAUCGAACUGUUAUUCGACAACUGUUGCCUGACAUGCGAAUUUUAUCCACGAAAUUGUUUAAUUUUUAUAUAACUGCAAAAGCUAGUGUUUGUAAUUUAAAGUUUAAGCAAAAGGUAAUUCGCCUCGCAGUAAGUUCGACCAGUAAGGACGGUGGAAGCUGAGAAGUUACUAAUUCAUUUCCUGUCGAAGUUCAUAUUCUAGUUCGUCAGCCGUUACAUUCGCUUGCCGAACCAAACCGUAUAAAGAGUAGAGUUCUGUCAUCUGGAAGUUUCUGUCCCAGUCCGGGUCUAUUCUAAAACCUAUCGGGCCUUGGACAUGUACUGUGGUAAUUACUCCACAGUGAAAGGCUGUGUUGGACGAUACGAAUGAGGUUGUAAUAAUCGGCCCCAAUGCCUCUUAGUGAAACCAUAAAAACCCGGACUGACAGCUGAGCAUUCUUACUUCAAAGCAUUCAAGAGUUUUUCGGAUCAUGAACUUGGAAUAUUAGAUGUCUGCAAAGGGCAAAUUAAACCAGUACACUACUUGUGGUUUCCUCCUCUCUUUCUUUGCACCUGCAUCCUGGGUAAAACCUUUUCGUUUUCUUUUACGAAUUAAAAUAGCGACUGCAGUCGUAGAACAAACAGAAUUAUUGUUGGUGAUUAUCGUCAACCACUUGUUGGACGUCCCAUCGAAAAUUACAACUAACUUUCAGGCAGGCGUUGGUGGGUUUCAAGUCAGGUAGAAAAUCCCUUAAGGCUUAAAUCACGAGCCUCUUAAUUUAGAAAUAUAAGCAUACAUAAUGAUGAUAAAAUUUAAUGUCAAUAGUACUGUCGGUCUGUACUUACACAGCCUCCUCUAUCUUUCAGUCCCUGCUCCCCUACCUCUGUCGCCCUUUCUUCUGUCACUUCUCUUGAUGGAAAUAAUCGGCGACGUGGGUUGUCUCGACGGCAGCGCCGCCUCGGACUUUUUUAUCGAGCAUCCAAAGAGCCAAUCGGUGACCCUGAACAGCACCUUCAUACUGCGAUGCCGCUUCCGAAUCGAGAUCUUUCAGUCAGCCGAACAGGAAGGACGUCCUCGAAUUGACUGGUCACGAAACGGUUUCGGGAUCGGCGGGACACCCGAAGAUAUCCGUCAGGCAGGAAUCGGCACUAACUACCCCGAAUCUCGAUACUCCCUGCCCUACAACCUUCAGGAAGGUUAGUGCAAACGUUUCUCCGACGAUAGACGAGAAUAAGGACGGGCGAGCUGCGGUUAACAAUAUAUGCCACUAGUUUCUGGCGUGCAAUAAUUCGGAGUUGAAUUAUUGAGCAUCUGUCAACUUGAAACAACCUCAGAGCGAAAUAUAUGCUCCGGCCACCUUUUGUAGUUUCUGCCCUCUGUGAUCUCUACACACAUCCUGUACAUUUAAACAGUCCCUCUUUUUUAUUCUCUCCUGUCAUUUAUCCAGCGAACAGUACUGUUUUACCACUUGCAACUGAGCUGACUCUUGAAUCUCGAGCAUGAAUUGCCAACUUCUUAUAUCUCUUUAGCGCCUUUUUAAGAAUCUGAGGUAACAAAUAUAGCUUACUUUUUAUCUACCGUAUCCUAAGUUGAUGUUGAACAGAAACAGUCAAAAGAAGAGGCAGGCGCUUUUGGAACUAGACUUUUCCCCCUCCCCCCCCCCAAGACAUGAGUGUUGAUGGAGUUAUAGUUCGGAAGGUUGCCACAUUUUCACUUUAGUGGUUUUAGUUGAAAUUAUCGCAACAGGAGGUACAAGGCAAACACUUAACUGAGCUUACUUUUAUUUAUGUCAUACAACCAACAUUUUGCGUUCCCUGCCAGUUGAUAGUGGAUUGAGCAUGGUUACUGUUAGUUAGACUGGAUUUUAUCCUUUUAUAUUUAAUAUCUGAUUUCCAAACAUUAAUGAAAUUAAGAAUUUGUGGCAGGUGUCACCGCCCUAGGCACCCAUAUUCUUAUCUGAAUAUGUAGAUCGCGAAACACAGUACUAUACAGAUGAAUACGACUGGCUUGUGUUUUGCAGACCGUAAGCAAAAAUCCCAGCGAUAAGCUUUAGACCUCCGUGGUAAGAGAUGCAUGGGACACGAUAACCGUAAGCUGGCUGUGCCAGUCAUUCAUUUUAUCGCGACUAGGACAAAUGCUGCUUUCAACGCUGCCUAGUGGUAUUGUAUUUUUCUUAAAUUGUCUAUUGUAAUUCACCCAGAAUAGCCUUUCAUGGUGUCUUCAAACCCGAAUCCCUCAUGUUUGUUAGAAUUUUAUCUCAGUAGUCAUUUCGUUUGCAGUUUUAAAUUGGAAAAUAUCUGUUUGGUUUGCUGCGUCAUCGUGAUAGACUCAUUCUUAGCACCGGCUACUCAAGAAAGUAUGAACAAAGACCUCCUAACGAACGUUUUUUUGUGUUAUUUUAGGCCAAUAUGACCUUCAGAUCACUAAUGCGCAGUUGAAAGACGAUGGGAAAUAUCUCUGCCAACUGACGUACCGGGGAAAAGCAUACCACAGUCAGGAUGCGAUCGUGGAGGUGCUAGGUGAGUUACGUUCACUUUCCUGACCUGGGCUGGGGUGGAUCUGUCGAUGCGAUCAACCUGAGCGGCCAGAUUUUACUUGCCGUGUGUGUGUGUGUGUGUGUGUGUGUCUGCUGCCAUUGGCACUGUCUCCAUGCAAGGCAAGUGAAUUGACAGUCGCCUGCAUGAAUCACUGAACAUCAGUAGGGAAGCUAAGGCGAAGUUUUCGUCUUCGAGGCGUACUGAUUUUACGUCAGAAGAGUGGUUCUUUAACUUGAUAGAAAAGGCCAUGAAAAAUUAGUUAUACUUUCUGAUUUUGUGUUGUGCUAGCAAGGCAAGUUCGGCGACCAUAUGGCAAAGUUAAAUAACCGCGAACCUUAGUGAUAAUGCUGAUUAUACGGCCUCAUUCAUAUUUCGUCCGUCAGUCGUGUACGCCGCGUCCAGGCGGUCUUGGUCUACGUCUGUUAUUGUGAAGCAGAAAUAAGUAAAUGCCUGUCCAAAUGAGGGUCCUUUGGGAAUAGAACCAAUUAAUCUGUAAGUGCCGCAUUUCAGUGCUGUACCUCCCCUUAUCUUAACAACAAAGUCCAUGGAAAUGAAUUGUAGGUUGCUUUUUAAAAAUUCCAACAAUUUCAACCACGUAAGGAUUUCGGAAGCAAAACUCUCAUAACAGUAAAGUUAUUGUCCCAAGACUCAUCAAGUACCAUUCUUCAUACCAUCAAGUACCCUGGGCUCGAGUGUUUGCUUCUUUUUAUGGCAACAAAUUCAGUGCGACUCAAAAGGUUUUUUAUUCCAGCAUGAGCGCAUAAGAAUUGCGGUGCUUCUACAUUGCAACACGGGGUUAAGUCUGAUAUCCAUCAAGCAUCGCCAAUCUCAACACCGGGAAUUAUAUACAGCUGGACCAUCUGAUGCUUGCCUGUGCUAAUAAAAGGAUGCAUGACCGGCAAAAAACCUAGUGAGAAGAUGAGUCAACGAGACACUGUAUUUCUUGUACUAAGCUGUACUGCAGAGCAGGUGGGCUAACUCAUGAAAUGUCAACCGAAAUUUCGAAAUGCGUUCUCGUUUCGGAAAAAUUAAUUAAGUAGGGUUGUAAAACGACUCAUCAUGUAGCAUAAUUCUAUAAUGUUGCAGUUACCUCAGGCUGUCGGACUUCAUAUGAACUUAUUUCCGGCUCUAUGCAAAAUAUAACUACGUGAGUAGCAUGCAAUUUUUGCAUCGAUGUUCAACGCCCUUAAAAAUUCAAUAAUAUUUUAGGGAAGACACUCAUGCAAAUAUCCAUUCUUUUGCUCAUUCGGUAGCAAAUGACGCCUUCUUCCAGUUUGCUUAUCAAAGAAAGGGUAGAAUGCGGUUUUCAAAAGAUUUCUGAUUGUGAGAUUUUUUAAUACAGUGAAAUGGCCGUUCAUAAGACGUCAUGUCUCUGCAUUUACCAAUGUGGCUUGUACGGUUAACAAUAUGGCUGAAAUCUACUGCCAAAUUUUAUGAACCCCAUAUGUUCUCCUCUUAAUACCGUAGAGAAAUGCAUGGUUUUCGUAUGCGGAAAAUAUACGGCUUGUAGUUUGGAAACCCUGAAUGCAAGCGUAACAGCAGGUCGGGUUCAAAAUUAUUCGGGAAUUGGAAACGUUUUCGAAAACCGAAUUAUACUCUUCCUUCGAGUAUGAAAUUGGAAGAAGACGUCAUUUUCUACUGAAUGAGCAAGAGAAUGAGUAUUUUUAUGCAUGUUUUCUAUGAAAUAUAAUUGAAUUUUCAAGGGAUUCAAAAAUCAUUAGGAAAAUUGCAUGCUACUUUAGUAGUCAUUUUUUGCAGGGUAUGGCUCUUGCAUGCAGCCGGAAGAAGUUUAUUCGGAAGCCGGCAUCCUGAGGUAAUUGUAUUGCUCUAGAAUUAUGCUGCAUGAUGUUUAGUAUUACAGCCCUGCUUAUUUAGUCUUUUCGAAACGAGGACGCAUUUCGAAAUUUCGUUUAACAUUUCAUGAGUUAGCCCACCUACUGUGCCUACAAGGCUAGUGAAGCUAUUGUUUCAGUUGCACCGGUACUCGAGCGGUGAGCUAAGACGGAUCUGGUGUGAUAAUUCUGCACGCACACGCGGGAUGAAGACUGUGUCGUCUACAGGUUGACCACGUUUGGGUUUGAAAUGUGCAACUAAACGCCAGUGUUCUGGGACUGAUUUGAGAGAUAAAAAUAUGCAACUCCUAAUCGUUAUGGCAAGCCUUUUGGAGACGUCUGCUCUAAAAGUCUGAAUAGGUAGAAGAGAACUAACGGAGGUUCCAGUUGUCUAGAAAACUUGUGCUGGGUUUGUAUUUAAUCUCUCAAGCGGCUGCGAGAGAACGCGAGAGUGCAUGCAUCCGCAAACAUGGGCACAUAAUAUAAGCACUGGAGAAACUUGUAAUGGUUAGGCUUACUGUAGGACAGAAAUGUAUUUGGACAAGGCAAGCUCAGGCCGCCAGUCAGGCGGGGAGGAGAAAUUGAUUCUUGACUGCAGAAUGGCCAUUUCUGCUGGAUAGCAAUAUGUUCUGUGCGGUUUCUCCUCUUAAAAUGUGUACUUUCCAUAUCCUUGACUCUUGUGUGGCUAGACAGGAAGUGAUCCGCCUUUAACUCUUUAUUCGGUCGUCAUAUCAGGCAGUGUGUAAAUACACCGUACAUCAUACCUUGUUUUUUACCUUCAAAGUAGAGCUGAUAUUUUUAUAAACGCUUUUUUUAAAUGGGAAGAGGAGUCGUAUUUGCGUUUAACUACUGCUUUCAGAACCGCUGGACGGUUUUAUCUUGAUGACCACAUCUGUUUAUUAACUCUGAAAUGGAAGAACAAAUGAUCUGCCCUGCAGUAUUUUAGUUCUCGGCAUAUACAGAAGAUGUGCUAACUCAUGAAAUGUCAACCAAAAGUUCGAAAUGCGUUCUCGUCUCGAAAAGAUAAAUUAAGUAGUGUUGUAAAACUAAUCAUGAUGCAGCAUAAAUCGAUAAUGAUCCAGUUACCCCAGGGUGUCGGCUUUAGAAAGAACUUAUUUUCGGCUUCAUGCAAAUACUAUACUCUGCAAAAUAUGACUACGUGAGUAGCAUGCAAUUUUCUCAUUAAUGUUCAACGCCCUUAAAAAUUCAAUUAUAUUUAAUGGAAAACAUGCAUACAAACAUUCAUUCUUUUACUUGUUCGGUAGAAAAUCACGACUUCUUCCAAUAUCAUACUCGAAAGAAGAGUAUUAUUCGGUUUUAAAGAAGUUUCUAAUUAUGAGAGUUUUUAAUACCGUUAAAUGGCCGUUUAUGGAACGUCAUGAAUCUGCAUUUACAAAUGUGGCUUGUAAAGUUAACAAUAUUGCUCAAAUCCACUGCUUAAUUUUAUGAACCGCAUAUGGUCUCCUCUUAACACCGUAGAAAAAAUACAUGGUUUUCCGUACACGGAAAAUAUACGGCUUGUAGUUUGGAAACCCUGAAUGGAAGUGUAACAGCAUAUUGUGUUAAAAAUUGUUUGGAAAUUAGAAAAGUUUUUUUAAAACUGAAGCAUACUCUUCUUUUAAGUAUUGAAUAGGAAGAAGAGGUGAUUUUCUACCGAAUAAGUAAAAGAAUGAAUAUUUGUAUGCAUGUUUUCCAUUAAAUAUAAUUGAAUUUUAAAGGGCGUUGAACAUUAAUGAGAAAAUUGCAUGCUACUCACGUAGUCAUAUUUUGCAGAGUAUAGUAUUUGCAUGAAGCCGGAAAUAAGUUCUUUCUAAAGCCGACACCCUGGGGUAACUGGAUCAUUAUCGAUUUAUGCUGCAUCAUGAUUAGUUUUACAACACUACUUAAUUUAUCUUUUCGAGACGAGAACGCAUUUCGAAAUUUUGGUUGACAUUUCAUGAGUUAGCACAUCUACUGUAAUUCUCAGAUGAAUUCACCUAUAAUUUAUGAUCAAUAGCAACUUCACUUAUAGUCAGUUAUAGUAAUUUCUCUUGCCUGCCAUUAUUGUCAAAGCAUUCCCCAAUUUUUGAUUCAGUGCCGUCAAAACCCCCAUUUCUGAGGCAGUUGGACCCCCUAAACAGCAGUGCCUACCGUCCUGUGGAUUCGGACGUUCGAGCAACUGUCUUUGAAGGAAGCAUUUUGAAACUGCAAUGUAUAGCUGAGGAGGGGAAACCGGGCGCAAGACUGCUGUGGUUGGUGGACGGAAUACCCGUAAAUGGUAAAAACCUUCAGUUGGAGUAUUUUGAGACAUUCACUGCGGGCUUUACAAUGAACGUAACCGCAGAGAAGUUGGAGUCAACCUUGCCCCCUUUUUUGUAA